AUGCCUUCCAUGAAAUUGCAGGCUAUGUAUAAUGCACUAGCUCAACAUGGCGUCGCUCUUAAUGGUUCCUCUGUACCUGUGCGUCGCCGAUGUUAUGUCGCGGUAGAGUUGGGGUCAAAAAUAAAACCAAGACUGAUAGGAAGUCAGAUUGGUCAGGAAACUAAAAGAUGGUACUCGCAGGAAAGGAUUAGUGGUAAAAAAAAUGUGUAA